AGAAGAAACUGUCGCUCUAACCCAAAACAAUGACGCAACGGACAGAAAACAAAAAUUAUUAGUGGUAGUCAAUGUGCGAAAAUGUUUACAGCCAGGCAAUUGGUGCCUCAAAUUGUUAAAAAGCUGAUUAAGCCCCCGCUAGUGCGCUCUAUAACGGCGAAUGUCAAGCCCCUGGAGAAUGUUAAACCCGAAUUGCAUUUGAGCGAUAAAUGCGUGCAAAGACUGAAAAUUAUUACCAAAGAUAGCCCGGCCAACUUUUUAAGGGUGGCAGUGGAAGGUGGCGGAUGCUCAGGGUUCCAGUACACCUUUAAUUUGGACAACAAGCUGAGCGACGAUGACAAGGUUUUUGAGAAGCAUGGGGCUCGUGUGGUUAUCGACGACACGUCCUUGGAGUACGUUAAAGGCUCCACUAUCGACUAUCAAGAGGAAUUGAUAAGGGCCGCGUUUAAAGUGGUGAAUAAUCCUUUAGCCGAGCAGGGAUGCUCGUGUGGGGCUUCAUUUGCAGUCAGACUGGACUAGAGCUGUGAAUAAUAUUUAUUCAAAUAAAGUUUUUGUUUAGCGUGGAA